AUGUCAGCAGAGGACCUCCCAGAGAGACGAGUCCGUGCUCACGUCGCCGCCGUUGCCGAGCUGAAGCCCGAAUCGGAAUUGCUGCUUUGCUACUCUUCGCUGAAACGACUGCUGCGGAUCACUGCAUGGUGCCGUCGCUGGUUGCUGAUCCAUCGCCAGCUCCGCCAUGCGCAAAGUCAGUCUAGCGUGAUCAGCGUCGACGAACUGACGGAAGCCCGCAUCUCCUGGGUGAGGUUGAUCCAGGCUAGAACAUUUAAAGACGAGAUUAGAAGGCUGCGCAAUGGAACGCCUCUGCCGUCGCGAAGCUCCCUGCACAAACUAAAUCCUUUCCUAGACUGCGAGGGACUUCUACGCGUCGGCGGGCGCCUCAGAAACGCUCACCUGCAGUACAAUGCCACUCAUCCGCCAAUACUGCCCAGCGAGUCGACAUACACUCACCUCGUCAUCGACGACCACCACCAGCGGACGUUACACAGCGGGACUCAGCUGACCUUGUGCUCCCUGCGCCAGGAGUAUUGGGUCCCUCGAGGUCGCUCGCUGGUGAAAAGACACAUCAACCGAUGCAGUAGGUGCACAAAAUGGCGAGCCGCCAUCCCACAGCUUCUCAUGGGCGAUCUCCUGGUGCCAAGGGUCACGCCAAGCAGGCCGUUUUUGCACACCGGCGUCGACUACGCCGGACCUGUUUGGCUGCGAACGUCGAAGGGCCGCGGACACAAAGCAACUAAAGGGUUCAUUGUAGUCUUUGUCUGUUUAGCUUCCAAAGCCGUUCACCUCGACGCAGCCUCGGACUACUCCGCCGACGCCUUCAUAGCCGCCUUGCGCCGACUCAUCUCCAGGCGAGGUGUCUGCGCCUCCUUGUAUAGUGACUGCGGUACCAAUUUCGUGGGUGCUGACAAGCAGCUUGGCGCUCUCUUCUCCGCCGCCAGUACCGACGGACAUCGCAUCGCCGCAUUCGCCGGACAAGAGAAAAUCCGGUGGCACUUCAAUCCACCGACGGCACCGAACUUCGGCGGCUUGUGGGAAGCCGCCGUCAAAUCUAUGAAGCAUCAUCUGCGACGAAUCAUAGGUGAUGCAACCCUCAUCUGUGAGGAGCUGGCGACGCUGCUCUCUCAGAUAGAAGCUUGCCUCAAUUCUCGAUCUCUCAGCCCUUGUCCGACGACCCAGAGGACGUAG